AUGAAUGGUGAACCUAAUAAAGAAGAAGAUAUCGACGAGAAUAAUAUGUCUAAUGUAUGUUCAUCGUCGAAUAGUACGACAUCCAGUGCAUCGUGUCGAUCAGCAUCUGUUUCUACAGAAAACUUUUUACGAAAACAUCAACAAAUCAAUCGACGUCGAGCAUUUUUUCAUGAUAGUUUAAUUGUUAAAAGUAAUAAAAACAAUAAUGCUUGUAAUGAAAAUAAUAAUGAUAAUAACCAUUCGUUAAUAAUGGAUGGUAGUCAACAAAUAUUAACUACAAAUAAUGAGAAUGAUGGUUUAUCCAAUGAUGAAAUUCCGACAAUUGUUGCCAACAUAAAUGAAGAAAAUCAUACAAAUAAAUCAUUGAAAAGAAAAGUUGUUUCAUUUAGUACAAUGCCAUUUGAAAAGAAAGUUGCUGAUGUUAGUGAUUGUCUUCGUUACAUGCAAGAAGGAAGUGAUUUUCUUAAAGUUCGUUCGUAUGCACGUCAAUUUCGUCGUUUAUACAAACUAAAUGCUACACUGACAGCGAUCAGUUGGUAUCCGACAUCAAAAAAGCCAUCUAAAGCUACAAUUACUAUUGAUUCGAUAAAAGAAACACGAUUAGGAAAAACUACGGAACGCCUUCGUGAAUAUGCUCAUCAAUUUCAAAACGAGUCACUUUUCUCAAUUAUUUAUACCAAUGAACCUAAUCAAUAUGUCUCGUUAGACCUUGUGGCUAGUAGUGCCGAUGAAGCAAACAUAUGGGUAACUGGCUUAUCGUGCCUUAUUGCUGAUCAAGGCAAAUCAUCAUCACUGACAGGUUUAGAAGAUCGUCAACAAAUGCGUGAUCGAUGGUUACGCGAUGCAUUUGCAGUUGGUCUUCCAUCACUAACAGGUGAUUCUGAACAUUUAAAUCAGAACGAUGAUCGACGAAUUUCGACACUAAAUUCAAUUGAUGAAGAAGAAGCCAUACGAUUAUUGAUUGAUUAUGGUAUUGCAGAAGAUAAAGCUAAAGUUCGAUUACAAGAAGUACAAAUGACUAAAUCAGAGGAUGCACGUGGCUAUUUUACAACGGAGGAACUUGUUAGUGCAUUCAAAGAACUUUCCACUCGACCAGAAAUAUACCAUCUACUUGUCAGAUAUUCUCGUAAUCAAGAUUUUUUAUCAACUGAAGAUCUAACAUUAUUUCUUGAAGCAGAGCAAGGCAUGUCAAAAAUAACUCGUGAGAAAUGUGCAGAUAUUAUUCAUGAAUUCGAACCAUCCACUGAAGCUAAGAUUUUAGGGCAUUUAGGCAUCGACGGUUUUACUAAUUAUCUUCUAUCACCAGAAUGUGAUAUAUUUAAUCCAAAUAAUCGAAGCAUUUGCCAAGAAAUGAAUCAUCCACUUAAUCAUUAUUUUAUAGCAUCAUCACAUAAUACAUUUCUUUUGGCCGAUCAAUUAAAAGGUCCAUCGAGUGUUGAUGGAUUCAUUCAUGCAUUAAUGCGAGGUUGCCGAUGUUUGGAACUUCAUUGUUUUGAUGGGCCUGAUGGCCAACCAUUGAUUCAUAAUGGAACAUUAACAUCGCGUAUACCUCUUAAUGAAGCUCUUGAGGCUAUUAAUAAUUAUGCAUUUGAAACAUCUAGCUAUCCAUUAAUAUUAUGUCUUGAAUUGCAAUGUGGUAUCAGUCAACAAGAGCGUAUAGCCCAGUUAUUACUUGAAACGUUUAGUGAUAAAUUAUAUCUUGAUAAUUCAUCGAUGGACGCAAACACUACAUUCAAUGAAUAUCGACCAUUACCAUCUCCAAAUGAUUUACGCGGACGAAUCAUUAUCAAAAGUAAAAAAAUACCUCAAUUAUAUUUAAAUGAUAAUACUAAAGACUACGGAGAAGUUACGGAUGAUGAAGAUUGCUAUGAAGAUAAUAGAAGACGAUCAAAAAAGGAUAUUAACAGUAAAAGACAUCGAAAAUUAGCUCGUGCCAUUUCAGAUCUUGUUUGCUUACUUCGUUCAGCACCAUUCGAAGAUUUCACUACAUCAUUGAAUGAACAGCAAUCUGGACAAGUGUGUACAUUCAGUGAAAAUGCUGCUUUACGUUUAGCAACCAGUGAUGCUGAAGAAUUCGUUAAUUAUAAUAAACGAUUUCUAUCCCGCAUAUCUCCUGGUACAUGGCGCGUUGAUUCAUCCAAUGUAAAUCCACAAGAUUUUUGGAAUGUGGGUUGUCAGAUGGUUGCAAUGAAUUAUCAAACAGCAGGAAAAUUUAUGGAUGUUUAUUUUGGUCGAUUUUUAAGUAAUGGUGGUUGUGGUUAUGUCCUUAAACCAACCUACUUACGUUAUGAUAAUGCAGCUACAGCUACUGGCGCUUCAUCUUCCAUGGUUAGUGGUAGAUUUUCAACAAAUCUGUAUUCAUCGAACACACCUCAAAUACUCCAUAUUAAAGUGAUCAGUGCUUUACAUCUUCCUAAACCGGAGCAGGCAGAAUUAAAGACUAAUUCUGUUGAUCCAUAUGUUGUUGUACAAAUAUUUGGUGUACCGAGAGACUGUGAUGAAGUACGAACAAAAACAGUUUACCAUAAUUGGGAAAGUCCACAAUUUAAUGAAGCAUUUGAAUUUGAAAUAGCUUUUCCAGAAUUAACAGUUGUUAGAUUUGUUGUGCUCGAUGAUGAAUCGCUCGAUUAUGAUUUUAUUGGACAGUAUACAUUGCCAUUUGACUGUAUUCAACCUGGUUAUCGACAUGUUCAUCUAUAUACGAUUGGUGGUGAUAUCAUUGCCAAUGCGUAUCUAUUCGUACAUAUUGUUGUCAAUAGCAAAUCAUUAGCUGUCAAACCACGCCGAUCAUUAUCGCGCUAUCGUCGAUCUUUGUUACGUCGUAAAUUACGUGUUGCUGCAUUUCGGCCAGUUAAUCAUCGACAAAUCGACGAUUUAUUCAAAUCAGUUAUUCAACCACUAGAAACAGCAUUUGAAUAUCGACAUGCUGUUGAACAAAGUCUCUGUGAAUUAAAUGAAAUGUGUGGUUUACCUGAUAUAUCAAAUGUAAAGCAAUGUGUAAGAAAAAUUGCUAGUCGGCUACAAAAAGCAAAUCUUGUCGGCAGUGUUAGCAUUCGAAAUCAAUCGGGAGUACCUAUUUUUGAAUACUCUACAACAUUACCUCAAUUAUCUCGUCAGAGUGUUGUCGCGUUAGAAGAAGUUAUUAAUCGAUGUCGAGCUUUAGUCGAUAAUGGUAGUGUGAUACAUAAAAAAUUAUUUAAUGUUCAAACUGAAGUAUACGAAAUGAGCAAAGACAUUCCAAAACUACUUGAAACUAGUGGUCUACGUGGUAAAAAAUUUACCAAAGCCAUUGAUAAUUUUUCCUAUAAUCUUGCUUUAUUAAAUGGUCAAACCGAUUUAUUAAAUAAAGCCAAACAAGAUGCAAAUAUUGCUAUCCAACAAAUUCUCGAAGCAGCUGAAACAACACAUCUACUGAUUCAGUCCGAACAGUCUUAG